AUGAUAAAAAACAAAACGGGAACAAAACGGGAACCGCCGGUAGACACCGUAAAGAAACUCCAAACAAAAAUAAGAAACGUAAACUCAGAACUACAACCUGAAAUAAGCAAAUCGGAAAUUAAGAGAGCAUUGAAGAAAAUCAAAAACAACAAAUCACCUGGAAAAGACGGAAUAACAACAGAAAUGUUAAAGUACGGCGGAAAAGCUGUCGUUAAUACUCUUUAUAUUCUCCUGAAUAAAAUCCUAAUAGAAAAAAUAAUCCCAAACGACUGGAAGGAAUCUAUAACCAUCAUCCUACAUAAAAAAGACUGGGAAGAAAAAGGUAUCAAAAUAUAUGGACAAUACUUGAAUCACCUAAGAUAUGCGGAUGAUAUCGCCUUAAUAACAGAAAAGAAAGAAGAACUGGUAGAAAUGCUGGAAGAACUGGUUACAGCAGCUAGAAGAAUAGACCUAAAUAUGAACUACACUAAAACUAAAAUCAUAACAAACACAGAUGAAAACAUAACAACCAGAAUAAACCAAGAAAACAUAGAACAAGUUGAAGAGUAUAUAUAUCUGGGACAAAUGAUUAAACUGAAAAAAGAAAACCAAACAGCUGAAAUAAAGAGACGAGUAAGACUGGCCUGGGCAGCAUUUGGAAAAUUAAGUUACAUAUUACAAAAAAAAAAGAUAUCCACAGUACCUCAAAACCACAGUAUAUAA